AUGGGAGAAGGAAAUUCAGCGUUCAUCAAAAACAAAUGUGUGUACAACAAUUGUUUUGUGACAGACGACAGCAAUUAUUUUUUGAACCACUCUGAAUUCGACGCGAUCGCAUUCAAUGGACGCGAUGUUGAAAAUCUUUGGCUUCUGCCGACAGAUCGCUCGCCGAAACAGAAAUACAUUUUCGGUGCAAUGGAAUCGCCCGACAAUUUCCCUGUCUGCAAUCAGAUUUACGACGGUUUUUUCAAUUGGACUUGGACGUACAAAUUGGAUUCGGAUUUUCGUUUUGGCUAUAUCACUAUUUACGAUCUGAACGGUACCAUUGUGGGUCCGUCUGUGAAUAUGAAGUGGCGGGAAGAGUUAAAUCCUAUCAGUGAUGAAUUAAAAAGGAGUUUGUCAAAAAAAAAGAAGGCAGCCGCCUGGUUUGUGUCGCAUUGUAAUUCCAAAGGCAGAAGAGAAAUGUUCGUGAAUUCAGUUCAAAAAGAACUUGAAAAAUAUAGUCUGUCAAUAGACGUUUACGGCGCCUGUGGCACUUUUAGUUGUCCAAAGACUGAAGCUAAAGCGUGUUUCGAUUUAAUAAAAAGUGAUUAUUACUUCUAUUUUUCGUUGGAGAAUUCUUUUUCUGAAGAUUACGUGACAGAGAAGCUGUUGACGGCUUUGAACAACGAUGCAAUACCAGUGGUGUUUGGUGCUGCAGAUUACACGAGAUUUCUGCCUCCCGGGAGCUACCUGGACGGUUUGUUAUUGGGCCCAAGAAUUUUGGCGCAGAAGAUGUAUGAAAUAAUAACAAACAAGACAUUGUUCUACGACUAUUUUCGUUGGAGGAACCACUACGUGUACAAAGAGACUUCAUCCAAAGAAGAUAUCUGUAAAUUGUGUGAGAUGUUGAACAAUGAGGAGAAGGUUUCUGAAGUCAGCGAAUGGCCUGAAUUUAGGAGGUGGUGGAACGGAGAGAGAUAUAGAGACAAUUGUUAA